AUGGAGGACACGCCGCCGACCAGCCCCACCUCGCCCAUCGCUACUUACCAGGCACUUCCGUCCUAUGUCCACCAACAGCAACAGCAGCAUCAGAGGUCAAGGGUGCACUCGCCUCCACCGCCCAGCAAGAGCCCUAACACCAGCCGCGCGUUCGGACAUUCGACCUCAGGAAACUCUUCCUAUAUCGCCAAACACUCGUCGUCACAGUCAUCCUCCGCCGCUGCCCCUGGCGCAGACACAAGUAUCAACAGCAUCAGCAGCACCCACAGCUACAGCAGUCUCAACUCAAGCACUCAGGGAUACAGCAACAACGUCAUCCGGGAGGGCACCAGCAUCGUCAGCAACAGCAUCCUCAACAAUACCAUCAACCAGUCCAUCGCUAACAGCUCCACAGGAGGAGGAUUGAACAGCAACGACAGCUUCUUUGCCGUCAAACAGAGCAAUAUUUCGCGUGGAAUCUCAACCAACCUCUUGACAACUAGUCCUAGAGCAUCUCCCACCACCGCCGCCACCGCCCAACAACAUCAGCAGCAGGACAGAGCGCCCAGCACCAACACGUCUCCCUCAACUUCCGGAUCCAUUACUCGUCCUCCCAUGUCUUCUCAAAGACCCCGCGACAACAUUAGCAGCAAGAUUACUGGACAUAUCCCUUCGUUGGCCAACACUUCAUUCUCUUCGGCUGAGUUUUCCGACGGCUCAAUGACUUCUGGAUCCAUUGUUCAGAGUGUUACCCCAGUGCCAUUGACGGCAGCACCCUCACAGGAACCCUCACCGGAUCAAGGAUCCGUCUCGUCAGUCAACCUGUCUGCCGCCAAAGGAACGACAUUAGAGACGACAGCUCUCGUCACGGGAGCUGGAAACAUUACCAAGUCUGCUCCAUCUGGCUCGGACCAACACACCACCGCUGUUGCUGUAUCUUCAGCGUCCGCUCAACCAAGCCAACAACGGUCGCAGCAGAACAACCAAAGCAGCUCCAGCAGUCAUCAUGCAACACAUGGACACGAUCGCAGUCAUGGACGCCAAACUGAAUCAACAUCCUCGUCCAACAAGCACCGAACAAGGACGGAAAGUACCAAGGACGUCCCACGACCUAGUGCAACUGUUUCGCCCGCGCCCAUUCCAGCCAUGCACUGGACUCGUGCCAAGGUCCAUGGGCAGAUUCCACCCAAGGAUCUCCGCGCUCAGACUGUCAACCUUGUUGGAGAAUCUGUCUAUGUCUUUGGAGGAUGCGACCCCAAAAACUGCUUCAAUACCCUGUACAUUUUUGAUGCAGAUACCAUGCACUGGUCGCAACCAAAGACAUAUGGAUCUAUUCCUCCACCUUGUCGCGCUCACUCUUCUACUCUUGUUGACAACAAGCGCCUCUAUGUGUUUGGCGGUGGCGAUGGACCUCAGUACUUUAACGAGCUCUAUAUGCUCGACACAGGCGGCGACGGAGUUCAGGCAUUGAACGACACAUAUCAGCUGAACCUUGCAGACAUGCACUGGACGGAACUGAAGACAACUGGUACGAUCCCCAUUUCCAGAGGCUACCAUACCAGCAACUUGAUCAAGAACCAUUUUAUCGUGUAUGGAGGAAGUGACGGACACGAGUGCUUCUCUGAUGUGCACGUCCUUGACCUUGUCGGAUCUUACCUGUUUGUGAUUGGAGGACAUGAUGGAAGCCGGUACUCGUGCGACGUGAUGAUGCUCAAUUUGGUGACAUGGUCAUGGGAGACACGCAAGGUGUACGGCAUCCCUCCCGCAGGACGAGGAUACCACGCGUCGCUCCUGUACGACUCGCGGCUGUUCAUGUUUGGUGGAUACGAUGGCCAAACUGUGUUUGACGACAUUUACAUCCUGGACCUGAGCACUUGCGCGUACUUGCCCCAAAUCACCGACUUUCAAGUACUGAAGGAUGGGCUGUGA